AUGAGGACGAAGCUGGAAGACGCUGAAAUCCGCGCCGAGAUUUCACGGGCAGUGAAGCCGGUGCUACUUGAGCCGCGUCGGUCCGCUAAAGAACUGAAGGGCGCGCUCAAGAUGGCGUGCGGAAAAGUUGCCAGGAUACUCUUGGAUUCGGAGAAGCUGCCGCCGCAGGUGUCCCCUUUCUUCCUCAACGACUGCUUCGAUCAGCCAGAGCGAGGUGCCUCGUACGCCCUCGUGGGCUUUAUGUGCCCCGCACACGAAGACAAUGUCGGCUUCUCCGGAGAGAGCGGAAACCGGACGAUAAAGCUCCACCGCCUGAUCGAGUCUGCGGUGGCGAGCCAGGGCCACGACCGGGCUGUAUGCGUCAACACGAACGCCGUGCGCUGCCUGAAGAGUGGCGAUGGCAGCCACGCUAACCCUUUCGCUCGCGACGAGAACGUCGACAGCGUGUCCCAACUUCUUCGCGCCAUGUACUUCGCGGGUCUCCACGCGUACGGCGUGAAGAUCACGCGAAUCGUCCAGUGCCGCGCGCGGUCGGGCGAGAAGGGACCGCGGCUUUCCUCCGCCGGGCGUGUAGUGUUCGACUCCGUGCGUGCCGGAACCACUGAGGCAGCCUUUCGUGUUUGCCCAGAGGACAUCGGUCCCCCCACCCCCAGCUCCGGGUCUGCUGCGUCGGAGCAGGCCGUCACAAACCUGAGGUCGAUGCUUGAGGCGAGUCUCUGCGGCAGUCUCGCCGCUGCGAAGAAUGCCAAUGACGCUAGGUUCAGGCACGUGGUCCCCGACCGCGACGGCGUCAAGCAUAGCGGGGUGGCAGGCGGCUUGGCCUCGGGAGUAGCAAUAGUGGAUACGUGGGCGCCGGACGUUUGCGACAGCGGUCGUCUGAUCGAGCGGGGGCCGGGACCGCGUGACCAGAGGGUCGCGCAUAGCUUGCACAUGAAUUCCUUCCUGCUCGUAUGGGCUCAUGGUGGAGCGUCUUCCCCGCUGGGAAAAGCGACUCGUCCCAGCCGGGACGACCUCUUGGGCGACAAGCAAGCCCGCCGGAGGUUGGGCAAGCCCCCGCUGCUUCUCGAUAGGCAGGGGGUAACGGACGGUGGAGGCAAGGAGCAGACGGGAUACCGUAUGCCAAGCAAGCGCGUGGAGGCCGUGGGCAGGGCCGUCUGCAAGGCAACGCUGAAAGCGGCGGUCUCAAAAGGCGGGGUGAGGGUGAUGGUGUCCACGAACGGGGCGGGGGGAGUUGGAACCCCUGAUCUGCUGCUGGAGAUGUUUCGUGAGGAUAGGUGGGACGACAAGGAGGUUUCUGUCGAUUGUCGUCGGUUGUUCCUCGGCCGGUACGGCUGCUCCUUCGGCAUAGGGGACACGGUUGGUAGUGCUGCGACCGCGAACAUGGUCUACCCGCCAGACCACACCGCUGGAUCGAGCUUCUUGCUGUACUCCACCGGCGGGCAGGCUUCGUACAUUGCCUGCGCCGAGAUGGGACUUCUCAAGAUGGGUCAGGUCGCAGGGGUCUCGGGGGCGGGGGAAGACGCCAUUUUUUUGCAUUUCCUCGGGCGCUUUUGUGGAUUGGAGCUUUUCCUCGCUGCCCUCGCCUCUCGCGAUGGUCAGAGUGUCAAGUUCGCCGAGAGACUUCACCGGGCCCUUGUCGCGCACGGAGCAGUAGGCGUUGUGCGCUGCCUCAAGGGUUCGGCCGGAGCGGACACCGGCUACGUCCUCAACGGGGAGCUGGUGCACCGCAACACCCCCGGAGCCCAGCGGAUGACCAAGGGCGCUGCCGCCCUCAAGGGGCUCAAGGCCACUGCCGACCUGAGCGCCAAGACGUUGGCGCGUCCGGCGCACCAGCGCACGGUCAAGUCGGGGAGGGUUCCCCUUUGCGGCAACGUCAACAAGACCGCGGCAGAGCGGGGAAAGGACAAGUUUACCAACGAGGGCAAGGCCGACGCCGUUGAGGCUGUGUGA